CCAGCAGCUACUAAACCGCAUCGCGGGAUCGCGCUAACGCGAGACACUGAGUUGAGAGUACUUAAAUAUUUAUUAUUUUAAAAUUGUGUAUUAAUAUAUAUUACUUGUACUCUCAAUAUAAAAUCAAUUAUUUCGUGACUUACUAAAUAUUUAAAAUUAUAAUUAAUUAUUUAAAAAAAAAAAAAAUAAUAAUAAUUGUUAUCCUACGGUAUAAAUAAUUUUUACUCCAUUUUGAGUGAAAAAUUAAAAUUGUGAUUUUUUUUUUUUAACAAAAAAAAGAAUACUGUGAUUAUAAUUAAAAUAGUUUUUUUUUACUUUUAUUAUUUGAAAAUAUUAAUGGAUUUAUCAUCAUGACGCUAUCACUUAAGGCAUCGUGAUGCCAAAAGAAAUAAACUCCAGGCUGCUGAUAGUAUGCCUGUUAAGCAGUUUAUUGAAUAAAUCGGAGUCAAUAGAAAAAAUUUCAUCACUCUGCAAAUCAGGGCAUGAGUUUUGGUCUGUUAAAAAAUCAUCAUGUAUUGAGUGUACUAAAUGUGCACCUGAAUUUACAAUAAGUCCUUGUGCCAUUUAUAAGGAUGCCAUUUGUGGUCCACUUUCCGCUCUUGAAUUAGACUGGUCAUUUCUUAAUAAUAAUAAGAAUAAUAUUAAUAAUAAUAAUAAUAAUAAUAAUAAUAAUAAUAAUAAUAAUAAUAAUAAUAAUAAUGAUAGUCAAGAAAUGAAUGCAUCUAAAAUGCUCUGGCCAUUUUCGGAAACAGAAAAUAAUCCAGAAGCUUUAAGACUAAUGGAAAAUAGUCAAAUUGAAAAUGAAGAAAAUUUAAAUAAUGAUAAUAAUAAAUUAAUUAAAAAAAAAUUAUUGAUAUCUGAUUUAAAUGAUAUUAAUAAAUUAAAUAAUCAUAAUAAUGAAAGUAUUAAUGUGCCAUGGGAUUGGCAAACAAGUGCUCUAGUAUUAGCUGUUUGUGCUUGUAUUAUUUUUUUUAUCGUCGCUGGAUGCUCGGCGUUAAUUUAUGUUAGACAAUGGAGGCGUAUGAAACGUAAUUUUGAACCAGCGGGAUUAGAAGAAAUAUCAGCCCGUUUAAAUUUAAUGGUAAAAGCGGAAUUGGCUGAAUUAAAUUCAGGCGCACCAAUGAAUCCUGGUGAUCCAGAAAUACGCUGUCAUUAUCUUGAAAAAUUACUGGAUCGGAAACGAGACACUCGAGUGGUAAUUCCAACCGGAUGGCCGGAAAUGGGAGGAAACCUUUACAUAGAAGAGACUGCCGGAGAAUCAUCAUCAUCAUUAUCAUUAGCGCCAGCGGAAUCAUCAAUAAAUAAAUCCAAACAGUUUAAACAAAUUCAACGCAACAUUCAAAAUAUUAUUGCUCAUAAGUCCCAAUUUGAUUGUUAAUUAUAAAUUACAAAUACGUUUAUUAUAAAUAUCUUGGUAAUAAUGUCAGAAAGACGUAUUUAAAAAAUAUAUUUUUUUUUAAUAAAGUAACAGUGGGUAAAACGGAAAAUUAAAAAAUUUGAAGAAAUUUAAUAAAAUUUUAUAUAAUUUUUAUAAUUAUCGCGGCCGACAAAUAUUUUUUUUAUAAAAUUUCAUGUGUUCAUGGAGUUUUUUUAAAGUUUGUAAAAAUCCAUCACGAAACCUUAUAAACUCUGUCUUUACCGGCAUUUCACUCUAAACACAUCAAUUAAGCAUUAGACUUGAACUCUCGUGAUGUGACCAGUGAGCAGCGUUCAGGACUGCCAGCCAAGAGGAGCCGUGUUCGAACCCAGCAGGCGCCCAGUAUUUUUUCAUCAUUUACUGCGAUGAAAUCUUGUUUCUGAAUUCGUAAUGCGUUUGCGCGGUAAUAAUCAAGUAAAAAAUUCGGUAUUGAAACAAAGAAAUUAAUCGAAAUUUUGAGAGUGACCGUUUUGCCCCUUUUCUGACAAAUUAUCGAGAGAAAAAAAAAUUUUACUGACAUUAGAAACGUGGUAUUAAUAAUGAUAAUAAUACUCAUAAAAAAUAUUUUUCUAUAAAUAAUAAAUAAUAAUGCAUUUGUUUAAAUAAAUUAAGUCGUUUUUAUUUAAUUAUUUAUUAUUAAUUUUUUUUUUCAUGUAUUUGUACCCAUUACACCAUAAUAACAUCAACAAUAUAUAGAUUAUUUUUAAUAUAAUUAUUUAUAAUUAAAUAUUUAAUAUUUUUAUGUUUACAAUAAUCAUAUAUAUAUUUAUAUAUAGAACAUUUGUUUAAAUAUUUUUUUAAAUUUGGGUGGUAUCGAUAAAGUGGGCAGGAUAUCUAAGGCUUCUUUUUAUUAUCUAAUUUUAUGGGGAUCCGCAAGCUGAAUUUUAAUUUCGUGCCGCGAUUUUUAAAUUUUUCAAACAAAUUUUAUGGUACGAUUUUUUUAGGAACUUAUAAAAAUUUUUGGUUAGACGAAAAUAUUAGAAAAUGGCCUUAAUGAUUCAAUUGUUUGGUCACAUAAUUUUAUUUUUAUUUUUAAGGCGAAGAACAAGGUUAUGAUCAUUAGCGGCCAUUUUGUUUCGUUGACGCCAUUUUGUUUUGAAUUCUUAUAUUUAAAAAUGAAAUUUAUUAUAAUCCUUAAUUUUGUACAAAAAAGUACCCGAUAAUUACAAAUUAGUUUCAAUGAACACAAUUUUUAAUACUUCCAUUAAAAAUUUUUAAAGGUUAAGAAAAAAUUUAAAUGGCGUAGAAUUAUAAUUUUUUCAAAAAUAUGUAAUAAACAAAUGAUGUUUUUAAUUUCAGACUAACGGACCCCGUACAUCAAAUUUGUGUAUUCAUCAUAUCUUUUGUGUGAUAAUUAGUAACUAAUUAUAUUUUUAAUACGAUUGUCGAAGAAGCUUUUUAAAUAUAUAUUUUUCAUUCAAUUAUUAUAGAAUAAAUUCAUCUCUAGACAAAUAAUUGUACAUCAACACGUGAAGUGAUUAAUAAAUUCGUAAUAAUUAUAUACAUAAGAAACAUUAUUAAUUUGAAUAAAAUAAGUAAUUUAUGUAGUGACUGUAAGAUGUCCAGGAUUUUAUAUAUAUUUAGUGACAAUUAUUAAUAUUUCAUCUAAGUUGCUAAUCAGGCACUUUAGUAUUUAUUAGUUAAUAGACAAUCCCGUUCAAUUUUUUUUUCCUUUAUCGCAAUAGUAUCGAAAAAUAAACAAAAAUAUGAUGAAUACGGUAUUUAUAUAUAAUAUUAGAGGUUAUAAGGCAAUUGUUUGGUUAUUUAAUAAUCUAGUUAAGGAGGGUUCGUUUGGAGUUGAUAGAAAUAAUAAAAGUGUACAGGUAAUAAUUUAAUAAAAUUACUCUACUUCUAAUGUCGAUUGAAUAGCCGAUAACUCACAAACAAUAGCUUGUAAAUACAUCAAAUAGUCUGUUAUUUUCUACAACUUUAUUAGAAAAAAAAUUAUAGUAUUUAUAAUAUAUAGGCUGUAAUUGAUUUUCAAAUCUGAUAGUAUCUUAGAUACUCGAUGGAAAAAGAUUUUAUACAAUUGUAUAAAAUUGGAUAGAAAAAAUGGCCCAAUCCACUUGUAUGCAAUCGUACAUAAUUAUAUCUAAUUGUAUACAAUCAUAUACAAUCGAAUAUAAUUGUAUAUAAUUUGUGUAUAAUUCGUAUAAAAUUUGUAUAUAAUUGUAUACAACUACAUACUGUAUUCGUUUAUUUUAUAUAUAAUUAUAUACAGUUCUAUAUAAUUGUCUACAAAUAUAUACAUUUGUAUAUAAUCAUAUACUGUAUUCGUAUCGAUUAUAUAUAAUUAUAUACGAAUUCUAUAUAAUUGUAUACAAAUAUAUGCAUUUGUAUAUAACUACAUACUGUAUUCGUAUAG